GUCCUUCAUGCUGUUCUGUCCUCCUGCUCUGUUCCGCUACUUCCGUCAAUAGCAUUGGUCGAGCAAAUCGUAAAAACAUUUCUCGAAUCAGACGUUCGGCUGCCGUUCCCGUCUCAGUGCAGUGGUGAUGACAUCUUCACUUUCUACCCACUUCUUCGAGAUUUCAACUUCCACUUCCAUGACAUCAAGGAUAUCAUCCAAUCUAAAUUUCAAGGAUUACAAAUGUCCUUCGCAAGUUUGAACGCGGAACAUUUACGAGAGUUGGAGGAGUUCUUAGGACCAUUUCAAGAGACGUUCGAGUCUUUGGCUCAGGAGCAACCCAAUUUCCACAAGGUGUUGCCGGAGUGGUACGCUUUAAUGCAUGAAUGUCAUCCCUCUUCCGAGGAGACGUUACCAUUACUGCGUGAGCUUAAACUGAAAGCCAGCGAACUUCUGAUCAGAGAACAGACGUCGACAAUAACGGUUGAACAUCGAAUUGCAGCGAUACUGAAUCCACGACAUAAUAGGAAAUUGAAUCUCAUUUGUACAGAUCAUGAACGGUCUCAUGCGUGCGAACGGAUUCGUGCGUUGUGUGGCAUACGAACCAAGCAUGAACCACUGAGUCGUGACAGUUCUAUAGAAGGAGAACCACACCGAAAGCGGCGUCUGUUUCUGAAUUCUCUGGAAGACGAUCCAAUUGGCGACGACGAAUUGGAAUGUUAUCUCCGAUCGCAAUAA